AUGAGAGCCCUCCCCCUCACUGACGACUCCCCCCCUCUGAUUGAGGGCAGCCAGGCCGUGCUGGAGGACUACACAGACGCCGUCGGGUACAGACGUGGCCCGCUGAAUCCUGACUUGCACCAAGCAGAGCCAGAUGACAAAUCCUCCACCUACACCCUGACCAACGUAGCGCCAUUAAUCACAGACUUCCUGGAUACCUCCUGGAAUCCAUACUUGGACACCGUCCGCCGGCGCCUCAAUAACUUCUGCCAAGGCAAGUCUUUCAUGGUGGCAGGGGUGACGGUUUCAGGGGCGACUAUCCAGCGAGAUAACAGGGACCGCCUAGCGAUCCCGAAACACUUGUGGCUGGCGUACUGCUGCCCCUGGUUCGACCGCAACUCCCCAUAUGAGGUGAGGUUUAUGUUCCCCAGUUACGGGGGCUAUGCACUGAAUGGACAGACUGGCCACAGUGUGGUGGAGGUGCCUGUGAAGUCUCUGGAGGACUUCCUGAGGAGCCAGACAGACAUCUUUAGGGACAUGACUAUUUUCUAUAAAGGCUGUGUGUCAGAAAAUCCCCUCGAGGCGAAUAGAGACAUGGCCUGA